GGCUGAGCCGGGGCCGCCGCCGCCGCUGCCUCCGCGGGAGAGAGGCCGAGAGCAGAGCCGGCGCGGGUCCCGGAAGAGAGCGCAGCCGCCGGACGCUCGGUUCCCGUCCCGGUCGAGGCCAGGGGCGCGCGGCGAUGUGAGCCAUGAGCGCGACGUGGACGCUGUCCCCCGAGCCGCUGCCGCCGUCGACGGGGCCCCCGGUGGGCGCGGGCCUGGACGCGGAGCAGCGCACUGUGUUCGCCUUCGUACUCUGCCUGCUCGUGGUGCUGGUGCUGCUGAUGGUGCGCUGCGUGCGCAUCCUGCUCGACCCCUACAGCCGCAUGCCCGCCUCGUCCUGGACCGACCACAAGGAGGCGCUCGAGCGCGGGCAGUUCGACUACGCGCUGGUCUGAGCCGAGCGGGGUUUCUCGCCGAGGGCCGACCCGACGGGGGCGCCGCCUGGCCGGGAUGGCGCUCAGGAUCCCACCCCAGAUCCUAGCCCGAGGGG